AUGCCUUCCAUCAGCAGCCCCCGGCUCUCCCGGGCUGUCUACACAGUGACUUUCAUAACAGGCCUGCCCCUUAACCUGCUGGCCUUCUGCGUCUUCAUGGUGAAGGCCCGCCGGCGCCUGCUGCCAGCCGACGUCCUGCUCCUCAACCUGACGGUGUCCGACCUGGUGCUGCUGGCCUUCCUGCCCAUCCGCAUUGCCGAGGCCUCCUGGGAGAUGAAGUGGAAGAUGCCAGAUUUCCUCUGCCCCUUCUCCGGCCUCCUCUUCUUCAGCAGCAUCUACCUUACCACCCUCUCGCUCACUGGUUUUAGCGUUGACCACUACCUCAGCGUGGCCUUCCCCCUCCGCUACAAGGCGAGGCGCCGGCCGCCCUAUGCCAUGGUGGCCGUGGCCUUGUUCUGGGUGACUGCUUUCUUCCACUGCAGCGUGAUCUACGUAGUCCAGUACCAAGCCAGGGGCAAUGACACAGCGGGCAACCACCGCUGCUACGCCACCUUCACUGACCACCAGCUGGCAGUCCUGCUGCCCGUCCGCCUGCAGAUGUUCUGGGUCCUCUUCUGCCUUCCACUGGGCAUCACCACCUUCUGCUACACCAGAUUCAUCAUCAUCAUACUCUCCCUGCCACUGGAGCCCAGGAGGAAGCGCCGGGCCAUCGGGCUGGUGGCAGCUACAUUUCUCCUCUUCCUGGUCUGCUUCACCCCCUUCAACAUCUCCCACGUGGUGGGCUACGUGGAGAAUAAAAGCCCAGAGUGGAGAGUCUACGUACUGCUCCUCAGCACUUUCAACGCCAGCUUAGACCCCAUCAUCUUCUACUUCUCCUCCUCGUCUUUCCAGAAGAUCUGCCUGGAAUGUCUGCAGGCUGCCUGGGAGAAGCUCCAGCUUGGCCGGCUCUGCCCUGGGGUCUGGAUGGAGGCCACGGAGACCGUGGCCACGGAGGAUUCACAGAUGGUGCAGUGA